UUUGCUUUCGCGUUUUGCCAGUCGCAAUUUUCCGUUCGUGGCGAACAGACGCGUUUUCCAACGAAGCAGUCUUCAAACUGCCGGCAUCCGAAUCUCUUGGCCGUUAGAAGUGGUUGGCUAACAACGAACCAAAACACCAUCUGAGACUUAAACUCCGAACGACUCUGGGCAACAACAAGUGCGAUUGUUUGAUUUUCGCCGAUGCUCGCCAGUGCUACUUACAAUUAGCUGCAAGUGCUUCUUGGCAGGUGUUGCUGCAGGUGAAAUUUCGGUCGUGCCGGUUAGAUUAGCCUGACACCUUCUCCGAUUCUGAUACCGAUUCCUAUUGCUAUUCCGCCAACUCCUAAAGCGAAACCGAAUCCGUGUGUUAUUUUCCCCCCUGCAAAAAUCGCGCUAAUUGGCUUGAUUUUGGGCCCAAAAUACAUAUCAAGUUUCAAUAUUUACCGUGUGUUCGCGAAAACGGACAGUCUGUCACUUGCGGAAACCGAAAGAAAUCUAUAUACGAGUAUAUAUAUAUAUAUAUAUUUUGGCAACGGGCCAUCGUGAAGUGAGCUUGGAAAGCAGGGAGUUCUGCCUAUUUGCAUUUCAAAUUGUUUGCGAACAUCUAAGAAAGAUUCGCCAAUUCUGAUUUGAAAAGUCUCAAAGAAGUCUAUCCAAUAGCCCGUCGUCGCUUGAGCGAUGUAAAAAGUGGCCAGAACGAGCAAAACAGAGCAAAACCAGAGAUUCAUCUUAGCCGGGAAAAACAGGAAUAAAACCGCGCAUCAUCAUCAUCGUCCAGCAAGUAGCAGGCAUCAAAAUGAGUGGCAGCCAUAAAAUGUGGUGCUGUCAAGUAUUUAUCUUAGCUUUAUUUGCUCACACAAUUCCGGCGGAGUUCCAUUCCAGCGCUGCCGGAAUUAGCUUCGAUGGCCCCUCGCCGGGCCAAAGUCCGGAUGCAGUUGCUCCAACUCCCAGACCAAAACGUCGCGUAUACGCCAUGUGUCCGCCGCAGUUCCAGCGCGUGGGCACCGAUUGCUACUCCCUGGUGGACCAGCGCAGCAGCUGGCUGGAGGCGCACUUCUUCUGCAAGGACAAGAACGCCAAUCUGACGGAGCCGGGCAAACAUGCCGACCGCAAACUGAGGCAGUUCCUUCAGAAACACGAUGCGCAGUCAGGUGAAAAAGACCCCAUCUGGCUGGGUGCCACCUAUGAUCAUCACAACCACCGAUGGCAGUGGAGCAUGAGCGGCCGCAACCUGUCCACCGACUCCUUCACACACACCGAUCCCACCCAACCGCAGGACAAUAACUGCGCCAUCUACGAUCCGAAUCUCAAGUACCGCUGGUCGGCGCGUCCCUGCUCGGAUAAGUUACGCUUCGUCUGCCAGCACAAGAUGCCCAAGGUGAGCGGACCAAAUCGCUACAAGAUCUACAACCGCUGGAACGCCACCUACCCGAACGAGCAGGCCAACGAGGUGGUCCUGGAGAUCCUUGAACCGCGUGAGAACGAUCGCAGAUACCACCGCCGUGUUAAGGCCGAGGGCAGUGACGAGGAGAUGAUCAUUCCCAACCGCCGCCGCAACAACAAUCGUCGCAACAACCAGAGGAAUCGCCCGAACCAGAAUCAGCAUCCCAACGAUGUGAACUACCCAUCACAGCAGCGCCAGAGGAAUCGUCCCCGUGCCUCUACUACAACUACAGUAGCUCCCCCGGCACUUCUAUCCAGUAGUCCAUCCAAUGACGUCCUCGCUUCCGCACCAACGCCCCAGCAGAUGACCCAGUACGAUCGCAAGUUGCAACGCCAGCGGGAAAGGGAGCGUCGUCGCCAGGCGCGCCGCCAGGAACGCCAGAAACUGGCCCGUGAGCAGAAGCGCGAGAAACAACGCCGCCAAAGGGAAGAGCGCCAGCGAGUGCAGCGCUUGCAGCAGGAGGAACUGCAACGCCGGCAGCAGGAGCAGGUCUCACACGAUGACCCCAAGCCCCAGGAGCUCGACGAACUGCGUCGUCGUUCUGAGGAGGAUCAGAAUAGGCGGCUAAGGGAGGAGCAGGAAAAGAAGCUGAGGGAGGAGCAGGACAAGGCGCAACGGGCUGAGCUGGUCAAGAAACAACGGGCCGAGCAGGAUGAGAAGAACCAAAGGGAGCUGGAAAGGAUCAGGCAAGAGGAGGAGGAACACCAGGAGCAGCAAAACCGCGAACAGAAGGCCAAGCAGCAGCGCGAGCAACAGGAAAGGGAGUACCAGCAGCAAAAGCGGGACCGGGAACUGGAGCUACUGAAGCAACGCCAGGCGGAGGCAGAGCGCCAACGUGCCGCCGAUGAGGAGGCGGAGAAGCUGCGCCAGGAGCGCAUCCAGAAACAGCGCGAACUGGAGGCGGAACAGCGACGGGAACGCGAGGAGCAGCGACGCAAGCAGCGCGAGGAGCAGGAGGAACUGGAUCGCCGGAACCACGAGAAGCGCUUGGCAGAGGAGCAGCGACUGCGCGAGGAGUACGAGGCGAAGCUGAAGCAGGCCAACACGGAGCGGGAGAAGCAACUGGCCGAGGCGCACGAGGCCAAGCGACGUGAAGAGCUGGCGCUGCAGGAGCAGCUGGAGAAACAGGAGGCCGAACGCCUGGAGCAGGUGCGACUCAAGCAGCAGGAGGAGGAGAAGCGCGAGGAAUUGCAGCGUUUGGAGGAAACGCGCCGCUUUGAGCAAAAGGAGCUGCAGCGCCUGCACGAGGACAACCUGCGGCGCGAGGAGCUGCAGCGCCAGCGCGAGCGGGAAAUAGCACAGCGGGAGGCCGCCGAGAAGAAGCUGGCCGAGGAGGAGGAAACGCUGAACAAGGAGGUGCUCGAAGAGGAACGGGCGCGGAAGGAGCGCCUGGAGCAAGAGAUGCGUGAGGCGGAGGAGGUGCGCAAGGCCGAGGAGGCGAAAAAGAAGGCUGCCGACGAGGCCAAGGCCGCCGAGCAGAAGCGCCGCCUGGAGAAGGCCAAGGAGCUGGCCGACGCCGAGGUCCAGGCCAAGAUGGAGGAGAAGCGCCGCCUCUAUGUCAGCCGCAUUGCGGCGUUGAGUCCCGAGGACCAGCAGAAGUUCAUCGAGAUGCGCAAGCGACGCAAGCUGCUCAAGGAGAGGAAGGAGCGCGAACAGAAGGCGAAGGAACUGAAGCGGAUACAGCAGGCCAUGCGGUUGGGUGAUGAUGAGUAGAAGUCCCGAGUAUCGAGACGACGCGAUUCACCCUUCCCCAACUAACCAAUACUAACCGAGACAUAUCGAUCUAAAUUGGUUCCACAUACGCACCGUUGCCCAGUCGAUCCCUUUUCGAUUGUUUUCUUUGUGCUUUAACUAAUAUACAGAAAAAGGAAAAAAAAAAAAAACACAGAAAGAACACGCAAAAGUAUUAUUUACCAGAAUGAGAGAAGGGGAAUCAAAUUUCAAUUGCAUUUCGAUCGAGCAGGAAACCCAAUCUCCAGGCACUUCGCUAGCUCUAUUAGUACUGUACAGUAAAGAUAUACUAUAUAUAGGUCUAGGAUAUAGACACACCACAGCACACCACACACACCACACACACACACACACACCCACAGCAAACAGGACACAGAACACAGAACACACAUGGCCACCAGUCACGCAUGUUUCCUUAAUAACCGAACUAGAAGUUAGCUAUCAAUUUUAAAGCCAAUAAACCCAACACACGCAAAUCACGAGCAUUUUUAAACUCAAGCACAGAACCACGAGAAUAUUAUAGUGAAGAAAACGUAAGAUUGAGUGGAAAACUCCUUUGGGUCAGAGUCCCAGUCAAACUCCCCGCACUUGUUUGCCUAUGGUGUCCUCUAAUCGGGCAUAGCGAAGCAAUAACUUACUAAUAAUCUUUUGAUAACAUCAUCGGAUGGUCCUCACCGACCAUUCACUAACUUCUUAGGUUACAAACUAUACUUUACAAAGAUGUAUGUAAUUACUAAAGUAUGUUUAAAUGUAAAUUUUUAUGUAUUUUUUAAUACCUCAAACGCGAAAAGCAAGAAAAAAAAAAUGGAAAACCCCAAGGGCAACUUUCAGUACGUUUUGUUUCGUUUAAAAUGGAAAUUGAAAGCUGGCAAGGACGGGUAUGAAAUCGAAAGGAAAAGCAAUUUUAUAGCCAAGUAAAUGCAUUUUAAUAGUAAACUAACCAAUUUUAAAUAUUAUUACAAUACACACGAAUAAGUGAAAAGCGAAUAAAACAAAAUAGUCAGCGAAACGUAAGCAAAGAAAUCAUUAAAGCGGAAAGCAGAACACAAAUGAAAUACGAAAACAUAUGAUAUAAAAUUACGAUAUAAUAUUUAUGCAAGAUAAAUUCUAGUUAAGGCGCAAACAAAGUAAAAUAAUGAAUAAAGUUUGAAAAAACACAAAACCAAUAA